AUGUCUCAAAACAGCGCUGCCUGGAUCACCGCGCCUCGCGCCAAGCCUCUCGAGAUCAAAGAGGCGCCCCUGUGGAAAGCCGGCCCCGGGGAGGUCAUUGUCAAAAAUGCUGCUGUGGCUAUUAAUCCGGUCGAGUGGAAGAUCCAAGAUUCGGAGCUCCUCCCCAUGACCUACCCCAACAUUCUCGGCGCUGAUGUCGCAGGCGUUGUCGAGGAAGUCGGCGAAGGCGUCACCCGCCUACAGAAGGGCCAGCGUGUCAUGGCAUACGCCACAAGCAUCGACACAUCUGACCCCUCCCAAGGCGGCUUUCAGCUCUAUACCAGAUGCCAGGAGACCCUCGUCUCCCCCAUCCCGGACACUCUCUCCUUUGAGCAAGCUGUCGUCCUCCCGCUCGCCAUCUCUACCGCUGCGGCUGGAUUGUACGAGAAGACGAUGCUGAAUUUGCCUUUUCCCACCGUGAAUGGUGAGAAGCACGGUGUCGGCAAGACGCUGCUCGUCUGGGGCGCCGCAUCUUCCGUUGGCUCGGCUGCCGUGCAGUUGGCGGCCGCGUCUGGUCUGAGGAUUGUGGCGACGGCGUCGGCGCGGAACCAUGAGUUUGUGAGGGCGCUGGGUGCGAGCAGCGUGAUUGAUUACGGCUCGCCGAGUGUCGUUGAGGAUGUUGUUGCGGCGAUCAAAGAGAGCGGGGAGUUUGUGGGAGUCUUCGACUCUAUCUCUGGAGGUAACACCUUCGAGCUGGUUGGCAAGGUUCUGGAUGUCUUGGGAACUGCCAAGGUUGCGGUUGUGAUGCCGCCGCCGGAGAAUCUGUCGAAGAGCGUGCAGCCUCUGAUGGUUCUCUCCUUCACCAUUCCGAAGCCACCGCAUGAGGAGGUGGGCGACGCUGUUUGGCGGAAAUAUGUGCCCGAGGCUUUGCAGCGCGGCCUGAUGCAGGCUAAGCCGGAUCCGCUUGUUGUUGGCACUGGAUUGGAGAAAAUUCAGGAGGCUAUUGAUAGACAGAAGGCUGGUGUGUCCGCGAAGAAAGUUGUUGUUCUUCUGUAG